UAGAUAUGCUGGUGUGCUACUGAAGGCCACUCCUUGCCCCUGGUGUGCUGCGUAAGACCACUGUAGUGAAGUGAAGCCACCACCAACGCAUGACUAUAGGGCUUCAAAGAGGCAGAGAAGAUCAAGCUCAGACCAUGGCAGGGCUCCAUUGCCAGAAACCCCCAGUGGCCCUGCUCAGUCGCAGCGACACGUUACCCCAGUCUGCAAGAAAAAGAAGGAUCCAUCUGAAACGACAAAUGAUCAGGUUCGCAAUUCAAAGGUCACCAUGGCUAUGGAGAGUUCAACAGCCAUACAGCCCAAAAAAUGUAAAAAGGUCAGACCACCACCCAACCAGACCAGUAUGGCUAUCGAAAGGCAAAAGACCCAUAUCGGAGCCAGCUCAGCACAAGGCAUGGCUCAAUUGCAAGAAUCCCAAAGUAUGCCUCCCACGGCACAGAGCCAAGUAACCCCGUUCGUUACAAUGCCUACAGGUCACAGUGAAACUACUCAGGUCCCCGUUGCGUCUCACACACCAGCUGUUGUGCAAGCUAGGAAACGUAAAAAAGUCAGACAACCGCUCAGCCAGCACUGUAUGGCUAUCGAAAGGCAAAAGACCAAUAUCGAAGCCAGCUCAGCACAAGGCAUGGCUCAAUUGCAAGAACCCCAAAGCAUGCGUUCCCUGGCACAGAGCCAAGUUACCCCAUUUGUUACAAUGCACACGGGUCACAGUGAAACUACUCAGGUCCCCGUGGCGUCUCACACACCAGCUGUUGUGCAAGCUAAGAAACGGAAAAAGGUCAGACCCAACCAGACCAGUAUGGCUAUCGAAAGGCAAAAGACCUAUAUCGGAGCCAGCUCAUCAAAAGGCACGGUUCCAUUGCAAGAAUCCCAGAGUAUGCCACCCAUGGCAGAGAGCCAAGUUACCCAUUCUGUUACAAUGCACACGGGUCACAGUGAAACUACUCAGGUAUCUGUGGCGUCUUACACACCAGCUGUUCUGCAAGCUAAGAAACGAACGAAUGUCAAAGUACCACCAUCCCAGAAUAAUGCAACUUUAAAAGAACAACCGAUCAAUGUUAGAUCCAGUUCAGCCCAAGGCAUGGCUCAAUUGCCUGAAUCGCCCAGUUCGUAUGAGCAGGCACAGAUAUACGUUCCUCCAAUUCCCCCAAAAAAGGAAGCUAUGUCGAAAUGGGCAGAGGCUAAGGUUGGCAUGCCGUCGGAGGGAUUGGCAGUUCUGCAGCCGAAGAAAUACCGACUGCACGGUUUGAUAAAUUUCUACCUGGAUGAAAUAGAAACAAAUGGACGAUUGUGUAGCUUUACUAGGGAUGCCAAGCAGUCUUCAAAAGCUGGACAUCAACGUUUGCUGUAUGAGGAUGAUGAAAUGCAGCAGAAAACAAAGAACCAAAUUAAAUAUGCAGAUCUAUAUGAUGUUGAUUACUUCACAUUGCAACUUCUUCUGCGGGUUAGGAACGAUCUUCAAAACAUUAAUGACAGUGGCCAUGUGUUCACUCUUCUUGCAGAUAUUGUUUUGGAGGACUUUCACCGCCGAGUGUCUGUUAAAGGUAGAAAAAUAGAAGAAACAACAACCCAGGACAAAACAGCUUCCAAAAAUCAAAUGAUGACCGCAAUUGGCUACAAGCCAGCCCUGAUGAGGUCAACAAGCGACCAAAUAGCCUCCAAGUUGGAGAAACAACAUCGCAUAAAGUACUAG